GCCGUCGCGAGGCGUCUCCCCCUCCUUUCCCUUCCGUCGCUUUUAAUCUGAGCUGCGCGCUCUCUGCCCGGCUGCUCUGUACCUGAAGCGGAAGGAAGCGUCUCCUCGCCUCUCGCGGCGGCGGCGGCCUCUCUCGGUUCUCCCGGCCCGGAAAGCGCUGGAGUACGCCGGGCUGGUCGGUACGGAAGGAGGCUCGUCUAGGUGCCUCUGGGUGCCCCUGAAUGUGGGUUGGUGGCUGCUGCCGCUCAGGGCCAAGGGUCCCGAAUCCUUUAAUCAGGUCCAGGCCCACAGAACCGUAGAGAAAGCGCAGAGAAAUAUAACCCUGCUGGCUGUGGCACACACACGUGUAUGCAUGUCUUGACGUUCCGUAUUUUUUGUGGGUUUUUAAUAAUAAUAAUAUAAUAAUAAUUUAUUAUUUAUACCCCAUCCAUCUGGCUGAGUCUCCCCAGCCACUCUGGGCGGCUCCCAAUCAAAUGUUUAAAACAAUACAGCAUUAAAUAUUAAAAACUUCCCUAAACAGGGCUGCAUUCAGAUGUCUUUUAAAGAUAGGAUAGCUGCUUAUUUCCUUCACAUCUGAAGGGAGGGUGUUCCACAGGGCGGGAGCCACUACUGAGAAGGCCCUCGGUCUGGUUCCCUGUAACCUCACUUCUCGCAAUGAGGGAACCACCAGAAGGCCCUCGGCGCUGGAUCUCAGUGUCCAGGCUGAACAAUGGGGGUGGAGACGCUCCUUCAGGUAUACAGGACCAAGGCCGUUUUGGGUUUUUUAACCUCUCCUUCCUCCACACAGCAGCAAACAUGUCCACCCCUCCCCUGGCCGGAGCAGGGAUGACCCCCGGGCCGUUUUCGGGACCCCAAUCCCAGGCCGCUCGGGAAGUGAACACGGCUUCCCUGUGCCGCAUCGGGCAAGAGACGGUUCAGGACAUUGUGCUUCGCACCAUGGAGAUCUUCCAGCUGUUGAGGAACAUGCAGGUGGGCAGCAGUAGGCGAAGAAACCCGUUUCUCUCUCUUCCUCACAAACAACACACAUAUACACACCUGGUGUCUUCCCCCACCCACUUGAAUGCGUUCUCUGUUCUCAGCUCUUGGAAUGGGGUCAAAUAUAGAGGAGGAAAUGCAGGCAAAUUGCAAGGUUGUAUGGAAAGAGUUUGGGCACGUGAAAGGGAGGGGUUGGCUUUGAGGCACUGUGUUGGCCAAGUACCUGUAAUAUAAAGUACCUGUAAUAUAAAGAUAGAAACACUUUAAUAUUUAAAGUGUACAAAGAAUGGUUCAAAUUGAUACAGAUACAAGAACAAGACAAGCAGAUAAAAGUUAUAGUUGGCACUAACUGGCCUGCAGCAAUGACGACAGUAGCUCUCUUCAAAUUCUUCGCAGGAUACUUUUAUUAUUCCAGUAUGGAAUAAAUGUCUUGUGUUGUUUGCUAAAUAAACUCAACACUCCUUUAGCUCUGUACAACUUGAGGAUAGCAGGUACUGUUCUACUUUGGUUACUCUGAAUUUUUUUAAACAGUUCAAUAUCUUCACUGGAUACGCCAAUUUAUACCCAAUACUGGGAAAGUACAUUUUUAAAAAAUUCUUUCAGAAGUGCAGAAUAUAGUCCCUGGAAUGUAUUGCUCCAUGAGAUAUUGUUUAUAUACCAUCCUAGGAAAGAUUUCUGUCACCAGAUUCUUUACUUGCAGAAUAAUAUUCUUUCCUCAUAAUUGAUUAAAAAUGGUUUUGCAAAAGCCUUCAAUCCUUAGCGUACUAAAACAGACGUAAAUUCCACUCAUUUCGGUGGGGCUCACUUUGCUGUAACAAGUUUAGAACAGAACCAAAACUUCUACAGUUUUAUGGAGAAUAUGAGCUGGAAUGAAGUACCUGGCUAACUCUGUUCUGUACUUUGUGUGUUCCAGAAAUCUCAUGAAAUUUAUGUACAAAAUAGCUGAUUCACAUAGUGGAUAAAAUUAAAUAAAUGAAAACAAUAUUGAACUAGUUGGAACAAGUACUGCAGUUAGCAUUAAUGGCUGGGGGGAGGUGUUUGCAAGAAAUAUGCAUCUCUGUAAUUGUUUUGAUUUUUCAGUGUAGAUGAAAUGUAACCAUGGAUUUCAUUCAUUCCCCCUCCAGCUUCCAAAUGGUGUUACCUAUCAUACAGGCACAUAUCAAGACAGAUUAGGGAAGCUUCAAGAACAUCUGCGUCAGCUCGCAAUAUUUUUUAGGAAACUCAGAUUGGUCUAUGACAAAUGCAAUGAAAACUGUGCAGGACUUGAAACUGUUCCAAUAGAGGUAAGUGGAGGAGAGAUACAGAUAUUUAGAUCAUGCUGUAUAUAUUUCAGUAAGUCAGAAACACGGUGACAGAUCCAAUUGUAACCGCUUGCUUGACAGUUGUGCAACAGGGCAUCUGGUUUCUCUUCUCCCACCUUCCCCACUCCCACCCCAUAGUAUGUCUCCAAAACCUGUUCCAGGGGGGUCCUCCAAUCUCCAGAGCAGGAGAUGCUGCAGGGGGCAAGAGGAAGUUGUGUAACAAAGUGGAUGCCUACUUGUGUGUCGCUGGAUCUUUCCCAUUCUGUGGACCACAUUCUCUGGUUUCAGGCUUGAACCAGUGCAUUUUAGAAUUUCAUUUUCUGCUUAUGCCCCUUGGAUGUGAGGGGAAAUGUUUCAUGGAGCAUAUUUUUAACCCUUUUGAGAUCUUUCCCAGCCUGCAGCUGUAUUGGAAUUGUUUUUAAAGUGCUUUAAAGCUGUUUGAUCUCUUCUUUUUAUCGGCCCAAGGCUUCUUUGGAAAGAAGGGUGGGAUAUAAAUUUAAUAAAUAAUAAUUUGUAUUAAGCAUUUGCACAAGAGUAGCUGUCUUCAGCUUUUAAGAUGUCCAAAGACAAAUAAAUAUAAUAGAAAUGUGAUUUUAAAAAGCUAGUGUUUCUGUAAUUUCAUAUUUAUCUUGGCUGACAAGUUUUAGGGCAUGGUUUUUCAUUCGUGGUUCUACGAAAAGCUCUCAGUAUAUUUUAUAGAGCAUGUUUUAUACAACAGCUUUGUUAACAUUUGCAGCAACUCAUUCCGUAUGUCGAGGAGGAUGGCUCUAAGCAUGAUGAUCGAGGAGCAGCCAGCCAGCUUCUCUUUGCUAGCGAAGAGAGAAGGGAAAUCAUGGAAGUGAACAAGGUAAUAGUUGAUACGAUUUGCAUGCAGCAGAGUUCCUAUCAGAAGCUUUCUUUACUAGUUUGCCUGUACAGCCUUAAACAUACUUCUGAGUCACGGAAAAGAAAUAGUGCCAGAUUCAAUUAAAUACCUGUAGUAGUGAAAGCCAGCACAACUGUCGUGCCAGUGCAGGAGGAGGAAAAAACUUAAAACACGUAGCAGAGUUUUCAAAAAAUAGACCAGAGGCAAUUGUACUUCAUCCAGCAGAGCUUUACUGGUACUGAAGGCAAAUGAACAUAAAUGGUCACAAAAUCUAAAACAUUUAGGAUUGGCACAGUCCAUAAAAAUCCAGUUGCAGCACUUACAAUAAAACGUUGUUGUUGUUUAGUCGUGUCCGACUCUUCGUGACCCCAUGGACCAGAGCACGCCAGGCACUCCUGUCUUCCACUGCCUCCCGCAGUUUGGUCAGACUCAUGUUUGUGGCUUCGAGAACACUGUCCCACCAUCUCGUCCUCUGUCGUCCCCUUCUCCUUGUGCCCUCAAUCUUUCCCAACAUCAGGGUCUUUUCCAGGGAGUCUUCUCUUCUCAUGAGGUGGCCAAAGUAUUGGAGCCUCAGCUUCAUGAUCUGUCCUUCCAGUGAGCACUCAGGGCUGAUUUCCUUAAGAAUGGAUAGGUUUGAUCUUCUUGCAGUCCAUGGGACUCUCAAGAGUCUCCUCCAGCACCAUAAUUCAAAAGCAUCAAUUCUUCAGCGAUCAGCCUUCUUUAUGGUCCAGCUCUCACUUCCAUACAUCACUACUGGGAAAACCAUGGCUUUAACUAUACGGACCUUUGUUGGCAAGGUGAUGUCUCUGCUUUUAAGAUGCUGUCUAGGUUUGCCAUCGCCUUUCUCCCAAGGAGCAGGCGUCUUUUAAUUUCGUGACUGCUGUCACCAUCUGCAGUGAUCAUGGAGCCCAAGAAAGUAAAAUCUCUCACUGCCUCCAUUUCUUCCCCUUCUAUUUGCCAGGAGGUGGUGGGCCCAGUGGCCAUGAUCUUCGUUUUUUUGAUGUUGAGCUUCAGACCAUAUUUUGCGCUCUCCUCUUUCACCCUCAUUAAAAGGUUCUUUAUAAUAAGACUAAACAACACUAUAGCAUACAGAAACAGAAUAUAAGAACAAAGAGAGAUAGAAGAGAAAGUGAGUGAAACCCCGGCUCCUCCUGGCCCUAUUAUUAUAGUUAGUGGUGACCUUGGCAGAAAGAUAACAGUAACAGUUCAAACCAUCUGUACUCAGCUCCCCAGAGAAAUAACCCAAACAUCAGAAACCUCCUUCCUGUUUCUCUCACAUAGUACAUACGUACAUAAUUUUAUUACAGUCAAAGACCAGAAAGCACAACUGGGACAGCUUUCACCAGAAUAAAAAAUACAUUUAAAACAUUUAUACAACAACAGCUUAAAGAUUAAAAUCUGAGAUAAACGCAUAUGCACAUAAAGACCUAAAAUUUGGGCUACCAUACAAAUUGGCCCUGCCACCAUGGAGGCCAACUUCGACUGUAUUCCUAGUGAACUAAUUUGUUUCAGGGGGUGGUCUGCGCCUGCAAAUCUGCGCGCAGACUCUGGUGACCAUCCAGGUUGUCUUGUGGUCUUUGCCUAAGAGGAGAGAAUUGGGUUUAGACUUAUCUGAAAGGUUAGCAAGCCUCUCCAGCUGAGGGUCAAUGGUAUCUCUGCGUAUCUCGUCAUAAAAGGGACAUCUAAAAAAUAAAUACUCUGGGCUUCCUAUUUCCCCUAAUGGGCAGGCACAAAGUCUCACAUAGUAAUAAAACUUCUUUCACAAAGAGAAGAAACGUUCUAGAACCCUAUUGAACUAAUCAGAAUAGGAAAGAUCUCUACACAUCAGAUCAAUACUUUCUGUGCUAAGAAAUGCAAACUGACAGCAACAAGCCCAGCUAGAGCUUCCCCGCUCUCCUCCCCCUGCACCCCCCAUUGGCUUGUGGUCAGAAGAACCCCCAGAACAGCAUGUGGGGAGGGAGAAGAGGGGAGAUUGCUCCGUCAGUACAAGCAUUUCUGCUUGCCAGACAGAACAGUUCACUUAAUGCAACAUUGAAUUCUAUCCAUAGGUUUACAGUUAAUGCUCAUCCUACUCGGAGUAGGCCCGUUGGAAUUGAUGAACAUAACGCAGUUAUGCUCAUUAACUCCAAUGGAUCUACUCUGAGUAAGUCUUGCACUGGAUACAACCCUUGGGGUGGUAUUUGCUAGUCCUACAGAAUACAGACCCAUUGAAGUUGUUGUUUAUUGGAUUUAUAUACUGCCCUAUACCCGAAGGUCUCAGUUAAUAAGUUUAAUUUAUUAAUAAGUUAAUAAACAUGACCAACUUAGGCCUACUAAUUUUCAGUGGGUCUACUGACAGUAAAACUUAAUUGAAUGCCACCCAUAAUCUUAACGAAUUACUCUCUUCUUUGUUGUUUUUGUUUUAACCAAUUUGUUGCUCAUCACUAUCUCCUUGCUCCAGAUAGCUGUGAUUUUGGCUUGUGUAGAAAAAAAUGCAUCAGUCCUUAUUUUCUGGCAUUGUAGCCUAUUUGAUAGGAACGUUGUAGUUGAAUGUUUGCCUGUGUGACAAAAUCUGAGCUGUCACCAGCAGCUCUAAUUGUGUCCCUUGCCUAACCUGUCAUGUUAGUUUUCUGAAACGGACAUUCUCAUUUCUAUAUAUAGUUAUUUCAUUUAACAUCUAGAGGCUGAGAAGCAGCUACGUUAGGAAGGGCAUGUGUGCUUCUUAAAAAUGGCGAAUAACAAUAUCUGCAGUUGGACAUACAGAAGAUCUGUGUUUGUCAAGGAUGCUUUAGUUGAGAUUCCUGCAUUUCAGGGGGUUGGACUAGAUCGCCUGCAGGGUCCCUUCCAACUCUACAAUUCUAUGAUUCUGUGUUCCUGGAACUUGGGGCCAUUUCUUGCAAUCCAAAGACUUAUGUACAGGCUGCAGGCAACCAUAUUCAGACUUUUGGCUGGGAGGGUGCAGUCUUUAUCACAGGUUCCUGGAAGUUAGCUGCUGAAACUGGAAGCAUGAGUCUCAAACACAUACUGUGUUAGUCAAGCAAAGGCCAGACCAAUCCAGGGACCUGGGAAUCACGCAGACAGAUGGUGGGCAAAAGGGUGUUUAUUGAGAUGGUCCUUCUAUGAACUUAGGAGUCUGCUGGAACAUUCUUUACAGCCUGGUUCUACCAUUGGGAGGUAAACAGUGACAGUCAGAAGUAUUGUCGGUUGCAUAGGGCUGCUAGGUCCUUGCCCAAGACUGUCCUUUUAGCUUUAAAUGCUCUGAUAUACAGCAGGUAGAUCCUGCCUGUUCCUCAUCCAUCCUCCUCCCUACUUGCUUGUGGGGGUGGGUUUUUUCCAGACAAAAGCAGGAGGGAAAGAAGGAUGAGCAAGGAGGGCAGUAUAGGAAGGGAAUCAGAGCAGCUAGCCUCUCUCAGUGGUGUGGAGCAUUUAAAAUUACAUGCACAACCUCUGGGUGGGCAAUUGGCAUCCCUAUUGGGGGACAGCCUUCCUCCCAUAAGGAAGAACAACAUAAGGUCAGUGGCAUUUGUUCACCAAUGACAAUUGUUCCAUGCUUGUAUUAGUAGUUGUUAACAGCAUUUUAUUUUAAGUGUUGCCUAAUGCAAAAUGCUUCUAGGCAGCGUACAGUUAAAACAAAAAUUUGCAAUACCACAAAUAGAAUUUUAAAAUUGCAUGCAUAAGAAAGCAUCCUACCAGUCGUUCCCAUGAUCCGUUGACCUGAGACUCCUUUGUUUUAAUGAGACUGCUUUCUUGCAUAUUUUAAUUAUGGGUGUUUAUAUUUUAAUGCUUUCACAAUUAGUUUUUAUGCCUGUAAACUGCUUGGAAGCCUAUCUGGGCAUUAAGUAGCAUUUAAAUUAAUAAGUAAAUAAUAAAACAUCAAUAACAAAAUCUCAGUUUAAACAAAGUCUGUAAUAAGACACACAGAAUUUUCCUUAAGGAAGCAGCAGUCCCAAUAAGCCAUAUUAAACACUGGCUAGGAGAAGAUGUUAAAACCCCCAAAACACUAAAACAACAACUAUGGAUACUAAACGUCUGGAAACCGCUGAAGAAUCUGGGAGUAGGGGAAGCCUUUGCAUGUGGGUGCCAGGUGAGUUUCCUUGGAGGGCUCAUUUCAAAGGCUGGUGGGAAUCCACCACUGAGAAGACUUCUUUUGUUGCCACUCUCUGAAUUUCAGCAGGAGGAGGCACCUGGAAAAUGGGCUCUAUAGAGUUAUAGAUUACCUUAAAAGGGACGCGGGCAGCGCUGUGGUCUAAACCACUGAGCCUGGGGCUUGCCGAUCAAAUCCCCAUGAUGGGGUGAGCUCCCGUUGCUUGGUCCCAGCUCCUGCCAACCUAGCAGUUCGAAAGCACAUCAAAGUGCAAGUAGAUAAAUAGGUACUGCUCCGGCGGAAAGGUAAGCGGUGUUUCCGUGUGCUGCUCUGGUUUCGCCAGAAGCGGCUUAGUCAUGCUGGCCACAUGACCUGGAAAAACUGUUUGUGAACAAACAUCGGCUCCCUCGGCCAAUAAAGCGAGAUGAGCGCUGCAACCCCAGAGUCGUUCGCAACUGGACUUAACUGUCAGGAGUCCUUUACCUUUACCUUUUUAGAUUACCUCACUGUUUGGUGGGGCACAUAUAGGAAGAGGCAUGGAAAGAGUUGUUCCUUCAGGUCGUGGGGCCCCAAGACAUGUAAGGCUUUACAGGUUAAGACCAGCUCUUAGAAAAUGCAUGGGCUAUAACUACACUAUGAAUCCAGUGGAUAGCUCAGUUGGUUAGCUGAUAAUGCCAAGGUUGCAGGUUGGAUCCCCGUGUGGGACAGCUGCAUAUUCCUGCACUGCAGGGGUUUGGACUCGAUGUUCCUCAGGGUCCCUUCCAACUCUACAAUUCUAUGAUUCUUCUAUGAAAUCUAAUAAUAAUUGCAGUGAUUCAUUCUGCAUUCACUCUUGUUGGGCAUUUGACACAGCUGGUAUUAACAGCAACUUUAAUAAAAGGAUGUGGUAUAUGAAGAAGCCAAGUGGUUUCAUAGAAACCUUCAGUGUUUACUGUACCUAUGGCUGAAAAAAAUGAAAGCAGCAAGCGCAAAACGAUUCACUUGUCCUUUUAGGCAAAAGGUUGGGAGAAGAAAAGAUGGAACCCUUUAUAGGGUUCUACUCUCAAGGACACCUUUAAAAGGGAGGAAAAUUGUCAAGACAACUCAAGAGUUAUUUCCUCCCAUAGCACACAUAUUCCCUCACCCCUUUGCUCUAAAAAUUUGCUGCAGGGGCUUUAUUCCAAGUUGCAAUAGCUGAAUUGUAACUAAGCCUAGUGAUUAGAAAGAGCCUUUCCAACAGAUAUCAAGGCACAGAACUCCUUUGAACAUUUGAUGCCAAGUCAGGACAAACUUGGGUGCAUAGCUGUGAAGGCAUCCUCUCUGUAAGCAGAUUUUCCAUCCAGCGCCUUGUCUUAUGGAGCUGCAGUUUCCGGUAUAGGGAAAAUGAUAAUGUUGGAGAGAGAGAAAGAAAUUUGUAGAAUGCUGGAUGUAGGCUUUCAUGUGAGAUGGGGAGUUAGUACUUUAAUACACUGUUGGAAAUUGGAAAUAGGAACCAGAGAUUAAAAGCUCAGUAAAAACAACUUAUAUUUAACGCUAUCGCAGAUGUACAAGCGGGGUGCAAGGGCUCAGGGAUGGCUGGCUGGCUCAGCAGCAACAACACUGGAGGGUGAUGGUGAAGAACAGACUGCUCACGAGUCAACAGAAUGACAGUGGCGCAAAAGGUCACUGCUGACAAACAGAAAAAGGAUUCAAAGCAGAGCUGCAGGAAAGGCAAAGGGACUUGAAUGCCAACUAUUUGAGGACAGGCUAAAGGCGUGAUCCAGCAUCUGCUUUCCUGUGUUGGCCGUGAUGGCAUCCUCUUAAGGCUCUUCAGCUGUGUUUGAGGGGAGUUCUUGAGGACUUGCUAAUUCAUCAAGGCAUUGACUAUACCCACUGAAUCUUCAAGUACUAACGGUCAGGAUCCCCAACUAAAAUGAUUUAGUUAAGAGCCUGGAUGAGAAGCUGGGAGCAUUCUGCCCUGUGAUCAGUCACCAUUCCCUUGCAGUUUACAAAGGGAGGCCUGCUUCCCAGACGCAAGUGCUGCCUUGUCAAGGAUUUGCUGCUAUAGCAGUGCUUGUACCGCUACAAGCAGAUAGACGAACUGUGCAAAGCAGCUGGUUCCCUUCAGUCCUCUGGUCUGUAACAAUGGGGCAUGUACUAUGGUGGAUCUCUUUUUCAAACGGUUUCUCCCCUUUUUGCCCUUUCUCUGCUCCCUUUUCUUUUGCACUUUCAGGAUGUGCAAGUGAGUUGAGUUCUGUGGCAGUUCCUGAUCAGGUUACUGCGUUCAGCGGUUUGUGUGGGACAACUUGUAACGCCCAUCCAGACUCUAGUCCAGGGCAGGCGUUUGGUAUGUGUGGUUUGCAGAAUUUAGCGUUGCAUGAGUGUAAAGAACUUCUUCCGGUGCUGUGAAUAAGGGCAGUUUUGUGCUUUCUUGUGCAGUGGAAUAGUGAUAAUACUGAAUCGGACUUUUUGGUCACCUAGCCCAGUGUUUUCUGUUACUGACUUGUAGUCCAUGGACUAAGGCAGAGGUUUCUCCUAGGCCUGUUUUACCAGCAACAUUUCAGCUAGAGAUGCCAGGGACUGGACUGUCUGUCUUGCUGUCUGGAACACUUCAGAGCGCCAUAGGAAGCUGCCUUAGACCAAUUGGUCCAUAUAGCUCAUUAUUAUCUACAAUGACUGGCAGUGGCGCUCCAGGAUUCCAGACAUGGGACAUUCCAAGCCCUACCUGGAGAUGACAGGGAUUGAGCCUGUGACCUUCGACAUGCAAGGCAGGUGCUCUGCCAUUCAACUGCGGCUCUUCAAAGCUGUUUAGCCCAAUAACCUAAAUAUAGUCCUCCCUUUGGGGGAUGAAACCAUUCGCCUCUUUCCGCCUAGGCAGAGAAUCCCCUGUCCUUGGAUCCUCAAGCAACGGGGUGUCUUCUAAUCCACUUCCCUGAUGCUCAGUUUGAGAAUGAUAACUCAGCUAGGUGCCAUUUUCCUUUGGGUACAUUCUGUAUAUUUGGCAAAUCAGAAGCAGCUGUGAGAGACAUAUAUAUAAUGAACCAGCCAGUUUUGCACAAAGGGCUUGAAGCUUCCUUUUUCUUUUUAAAGCAUGUGGUAUUGGGUGUAACCUGUAAUAUGGAAUAUGCUUGAAAUGCGUCCAGUGUGGCCUUGGCAGCAUCAGUAGCAGCUAUGGAGUGCACUGCAGUGCUCAAAAGUGUUUUCUCCACACUGUGUGAACUGUGUUGAGUGUUCCAAAAAAAUUAAAAGCAUUGGAAGUUUAAAAGUCACAGCAUGGUGCAGAGUUCUUUUUUACAGUCCAGAGAAAAUCCCAGAGAGGUAUUUUGGAGGCAAAGCCGUGCAGUAUGUAGCACUCAGAUCUGAAGAGUUGCACCCCAGGAAGCACAUUCAUCAUGCGCAAUGUCCCUGAGUUGGCAUGGCUCCUAUCUUCUACAGCAAAUCCACAUUGCGCUUGCUAACAUAGGAGGCAAAAUGCUAUUCAGCCAAACCAAGUUGAACUUUAUUAGAUUCUGGCUGAAUAAAAAAAAAUGGCUCCAGGAGGGGGGAAAAUGAGGAUUAAAUUCUUUAUGUCAAAAGGCCUAAGUGACAUCACACUGUGAAACAGAAAUUGCAAACGCCUCUGUACAUACUUGGUGUUCAGUCACCAUGAAUGUAUAGGCAGAGCAAUAAUUCCUCCUCUUGGCAACACUGAAAGCUCUUUGAUAAGCCUUUCACAGCCAUGUAAAAUACAGCUUUGGAGCAACUGUUUUAAUUCAUGGCAACACCAAGUUAUAUGCUAGGUUUGCACAAACUGGUGGCUAUCAGCUAAAACAAUAGGCAAGUGCAGGUGCAAGUUCCUUGUGUUAUCAGUGAAGGCACUGGUGGGCAGAAUUGGGAGUGCAUUAUUAUAGAAGUACAUUAUUAUAGAACUUAACAAGUGCAUUAUUAUAGAACAUAACAAGGGACAGGAAGUGCAUUAUUAUAGAACUUAACAAGGGAGAGGGAAGGAACAGAGGCAGGAAGGGUAACCAUGUCAGAUCACCAACUCCUCAAUAUACAAUUGCCCAUAUGCUUCUUUGGCACUAAGUACAGGCACCCCCUGUUUUGCAUGUGUUUGUGCAUGCGCCCGCCAUUUUUGGACCCAGAAGGGGGCAGGAUGGGCUUAUGUGCACGAUGACCUGGAAUGCAACCUCGGUGGCAAAUUUGGGGUUUCCUAAGAUUUAUAUGCGGACCUCUUGGAGCUUAAUAGAAUUCAGCACUAUUAGACGUUUUCGCUCAAGGGGAUUCGUUUCAGCUGUAAAUCAAGCUCGAAGUGUAUUGGCAAAGCUAUUUGGCAAGCUGGCACGGCUCUUUCUCCAUGGCUUCACCCACCACUAGCAAUCUUCCCAAUGCUUGAACAUUAUUCCUAUGCAGUGUACAUUAGCUUCAUAUCGAAAGACCUGCUCCUCUGGAAUCUGGACCCAGGUCUGCUUAGUAAUAUGGAAAUACAAUACUGCAAGAAGAAUGAGGUGCGUGUUGCCCUUUUCCAUUGGUGUACAUGGAAGUGACCUUGUCCGCAGAAGGAAGAUGGGGAAGGAUGCGCCGAAAGAGAAUGUUCCUAUAAUGAAAUCUCCCCCAACCUGGUGUUCUCCACAUGUCUUGGACCAGAACACCCAUCGGCCCCAUUCAGUAUAGCCAACUGUCCAGGAUGAUGAGUGUCGUAAUACAAAACAUCCAGAUGACAGCAGGUUGGGGGAAUCCGCUACAGUGUGCCCUGACUGACUGCUAUUUUCUGUCAACAUCUGUCAUUAAUCUAGGGCCUUCCACCUUGAUGUGCUUCUUGUCUUGCCAAAUGCACGGUGGUUCUUUUAAAAUGAGAUUCAGAAGUAAUACAAAACGCAAGUGAGUGAGAAGAUUAAAGGUUUUAUUCUAGACAACAAGCAAUAGAUACAUACCAAGCAAGCACUUCAGUCUGCCACUUGGAAGCCCUCAAGAAGCGGCAAAGUGACUCCCCCAGGUAGCCUCAGUUUGCACGCCCCCGCAGCCGAUCAGUCCGUGCACGAGCUUCUCCAACACUCUGCCCACAACCAUCUGAUUUAUAGAUAGCUAGCCCAUGUGGCUUGCCCAGCUGACUGUGUGCAGAUCAUUCAUUGGCCACCCCUCCCAGUGCCUCACUUUCUCAAAAAAAUGUCCAACAUCAAAGAAGGUGCCCAGUGCUGUCACUUCCUCCCAACUGAUUAGGACAUUAAAGGCUGUUCUCAUGCCAUUAAAGAACUUAACAAGGGACAGGGAGAGGGAAGGAACAGAGGCAGGAAGGGUAACCAUGUCAGAUCACCAACUCCUCAAUAUACAAUUGCCCAUACGCUUCUUUGGCACUAAGUACAGGCACCCCCUGUUUUGCAUGUGUUUGUGCAUGCGCCCGCCAUUUUUGGACCCAGAAGGGGACAGGAUGGGCUUAUGUGCACGAUGACCUGGAAUGCAACCUCGGUGGCAAAUUUGGGGUUUCCUGUAGUAGAUCUCUGUGCUGCCCUAUGCCCUGCCACCCCCACCCCCCCAAUUUAAAUUCAGAAUACGUAACCUGACUAGACGCCAGUGUUGACAAACUUUUUCUUUCCGCAGAAACUGAAACAGAAGAAUCAACAGCUGAAGCAAAUUAUGGAUCAAUUACGGAAUCUCAUUUGGGACAUAAAUGCCAUGUUGGCAAUGAGAAACUGAAAUAUGCUUUCUCUCUUUCUCAUUAUGGCAGCUGAUACUAUUUGUUGGGCAGGGAAAUAAGUAUUUUCUGAAAACAUAAUCCUUUAUUCCUCUGCUGUUUUCCCCUCCAGUAGUACACAGUAUUUCCAAAAUACCCAAACUUCUGUACAGCCAAUGUGUAUAAAAAUGAGUGUUCUAUACAAUAUUUGCAACCUGUUUGUUAAUAUUUUUAUUAUGAAUGCUGAAAGAGUUUUUAUUAAAUGAAUGAAUUCUGUAUAAAAUUAAGCUUUAUUUUUCAGGCCAGGGUGGACAGCUUGUGUGGAUUAUUUGGCAACCCACUAUUUUACCCUGAAUGGCUGGGGCUCUUUUUCAAGGUAAAACCCAAAGAACAGCCGUGUAGAAAGAGAAUAGGUCUUUGUUCUCGGCUGAAACCAUCCACACAAUUUAGGUUUUGUUGUACAAAAAUGUAAUAAAAUACUGCUACCACACCUUUUUCAUUGCUCCCUUUUCUUAGCAAUUAAACCCAAGGCAGCUGCAACCUGUUCAUCUGUAGUACAAACGCAAUGCUAAUGACUGAAAAGAUCCAAGAGAAGCUGGAUGAAAAUAUCAAAAGCUGCUUUAGGAGACCAGUUUUAUUUUCAUGGCUCAAUAGAUUUUGAACUUUGCAGCUCUACAUUUUUCUUGAAAAAGGCUCCCCCUCAUGAUUUCAGAAUGUACCAAAUUCCACAUGGGUGGUCAAGUUGGUCUACUGCAACAAAAACACCAGGAGCUGUCACAUGUUCAAUUUAAACAAGAUUUAUUGCUGCUUAAUCUUUUUAUGGGCUGGAGUCUAUGCUAUCAGAUGCAUGACGCACACUCAAAAUCACAUACCGUCAUAAAUCUGUAAGUUUUGAGAUGGUAUCAGGCUCUUGGUUUCUGAAUGUACUUUGAGAAAAAGGCUCUAUUAUUUAAAAAUAACAGACUUCAUCAAGAAAAUACACAGUCUAUAUACCUCUUGCCAUUUCUGUUCUUGCGUGGGUCGUAGAUUGAUGCAGGUCCUUCUUUGUUUUUGGAUUCUUGACAGAAGGCUUCCUUUUUUAUUUAAUUAUUUUUGCCAGUUAAUUUUAAUUAGUUUUUCAAAUUUUUAACAAAUUAAUUCAAAUUUAACACUAAUUUCAAAGCUGACUUUCCACCCGUCUUUCAUGGUGCUCCUUUUCCAUCCCUUCUUUGCUGCUCACAGUUAGAUACUUUUUUUAAUUCCUGAUACUUUCCCCAUCCAUUCCUAUAUUUCCAUUGACUCUGUGAAGGAUUCCUUUUUAAAGAUAGUUAAAUCAAUACAGGUGGGAAUCUGCUAAGACCCACUGCAAAUUGCUGGACUACAACCCCCACCAUCCAUGACCAUUGGCCAUGUUGGCUUGGGAUGAUGGGAGUUGAGGUCCAGGAAAACCUGGGUACACAAAGCUGGAGAAGGCUGACUUAGUGGCACGCAUCCUUUGAAAACAGAGAUUUCAUUAAGGCAUCAUGUCUCUGAUAAACCAGGUCACAGAUUAGACACAUUUGUAGAUGGGUCUUAUCUACCUACACAGGAAAACCGUGGAUUUGCGCCGGUGCAGUCACAAACGUAAGAAAACAGUUAAUGGAUUGAGGCAUACCUCCUCUUAACUGGGGAAAGCUAGCAGCCAAGGUUUUAAAAAAAGAAAAUGUGUUAAAAAAUUCCCCCCUUUUCUAUUUGCAACUAAAGUAUAUACAAAUCAAGCUGUCUAGCUAGUAUGCCUUGCCUUUGAGCGCUCUGGGAAUUUGUAAACAAACCCAAUGACAGUUAAUUCUGUGCAAUCCCAAGCAUCCCGGGAAGUCGUGAAAUAGCAGAGGAAAAUAGAUGGCUCUUUUUAAAAUUACCAUUAGAUAACUUACUUAUUGCUUGCUCCCAUGCAUGCCUACUCAGAAAUAAGUCUCACUGAGUUCAGUGAGAUUUACUCCCAAGGAAGUGUACGCUGGAUAGCAACUUCUUAUGUGUUUCAUUUGCUUAAUAAUGGGAUGUGAAAAAGAGAAUCUCCUAGGGCAUAAUUCUGGACGUUAAUAAAACAGUAGCGCCACUGCAGUCAACUGCAAUUUUUUGGAUUUAUGGUAACGUAACCAAGAGCAGAAUUUGAUCCAUUUGUUUAUUCAUAAGGCACAGAUCUUGCCAGGCAAAGGACAGUGAAUUUUCACAAAGUUGUGUUUUAAAUGUUAGCAGAAUAAAUGUGCACAGAGAGCCCUAUAUAUGUACCUCCUUGACUUGCAGAAGAAAUAACGUAUGGCCUGCAUGCUGAUGAGUAGUGUUCAUAAUUUUAGCUCAGGAGUCUAGAUCUCGUGAGCAAAGUUAGUGUACUGAUACAUUUAGCAUGAUUUAUUGACUUGGAUGCAUUGGUGUAUUAGAUUAGGGAUGAAUGUAUAAAUCCAUGAUUUUUUAAUUUUUGUUAAGCUACUUUGGGGCAGGGGGUGAAACAACAACAAAAAGAAGUGCUUUUCUUCUGCUUUUGGGAAAUCCUUUGGUUCCAGACUUUUUUUCUGGCUUGUUUGUAUUCUCAAGUCAAAGUAAACAUCUCAGUAGUAUAUUCUGAAUCGGCAUCUAUAUCAAUAUACAGUAUAAGUCUUUCUGUAUUUUUAUAACCGAUCCUAAAAGUGCCUUUUUGUGGAAAGAAUUUCAGACCAUUAAAUAGCGCAGGCAGUAACAAUUUCCUUCACUGCUGUGAUUCUACAUUAUAAAGCAGACACAUGGAAGCCGAAGAAAGGAAAUAUAAAGUUGUGCAGAGCUGUGCGAGAUAAUCUUCAGAGCGAUCUCCUGCUCUGAAUGUGCCGUUUGCGUAUGCCAGCUGCAUUAAUCUCCCGCUUUGCUGUUGGGAUACAUGUAGACUUGUGGAAUGAGCAUUUGAGGUGGAAAGGCCUGGACUCAAAUUCUCACAGAGCUUUAAAGCGGACUGUUGAGGACCCAGCCAUACAGGUGUCUUCUGGCACUUCCCUGAAGCUUCAGGGGCCAAUUCUGAAGGGCAGGUCCACACUCACAAGCUUUCCUUUUUUUUUUUCCCACACAAUGAGUCAAAGACUUUAUUAGGUUUCAAGGAAUGUGAUACAUCGUGACAUAAACAGCUACGUAGCUCAGCCCUGUAUCCAGAAAUCAUAAAUGGAGAGAGCUCAGCAAAGCUUUGAAGCCAAAUCAGGGCAAUUGGUAGCCAACCAACUUGUAAUGGGCUCCACAGGAGGGGCAGCGCUGGGGAUUUCCCUUGUGCAGCCAGAACCAGAUCACAGUGCUGUUGUCCUCUUCACAGAUGCAGCCCACAAGCCUCUUGUCUGUAAUUGAAGGGACUAUGUUGGGGUCUUCCUUUGUUCCAGCAUAUCGUUUGGGUGGUAGCAUGUUGUAAGGAUCCAGCCCCUUCUCUAAAGCUUUCAUGGUUUUCCUCUCCAUUCCUGUAGCCUGUUCUUCAUCACUGGGAAUACCUCCGGCGCCCAUGGAGCAGGCGGCCCCUGUCAGGCGCAGCGGCCCCCGGCCCAGGGGACUCCGGCCCGCGCUGAGGCCUCGCAGGGCCCCGCACACCUGCAGUAACCUUGACGCCAUGGCAACCCUCAGAGCAGAGUGAGAGAGAGGCGCAGAGAGGCAGCCUCCCCACAGGAUCUCUUCCCGCACUCACAAGCUUUCCACCCCCAGCCACUCAGCAUGCGUACAACCGCCAUUAAAUUUUGCCAUUUCGGACUGUAUGAAGCUAUAGGGAGACCAUUGGUCCAUUUAGCUCAGCAUUAAUUACACUGGCUGGCAGCAGCUCUCCAGGGUUUCAGAGAGAGAAUCUUUCCCAGCCUUUCCUUGAGAUGCCAGGGACUGAAUCCUGGGAUCUUCUGCAGGCAAAGCAGAUAUUCUACCACUGAAGUACAGACUAGGGCUGCUCGAUAACUGGUCUUCAACAUCACAAGAUAUCACCAGCUAAACAUUGCAAUAUACUGAUACAUCACAGUGUCUGAAAUAGGAUAGAGCUAGCUACAGUGGUACCUUGGCUGUCGAACGUAAUCCUUUCCGGGAGUCCAUUCGACUCCCAAAACUGUUCAAAAACCCAGGUGUGGCUUCCAAUUGGCUGCUGGAGCUUCCUGCACUCAACUGGAAGCCGUGUUGGACGUUCGGCUUCCAAAAAAUGUUCACAAACCGGAACACUUCUAGGUUUGUGGCAUUCAGCAGCCGAUUAGUUUGGGAGCCAAGCCGUUGGGGAACCAAGGUACCACUGUAGAGGUGCUGGCUGGCUUCAUGGUUUUUCCUGCAUUGUGUGUGAUUUGCAUGCAUACACACCCAUACACAUCGUGAUUUGUGAUAUAUUGCCAGGUCAAAAAUUAUGAAACUGAUACCAUGACUUCAAACCUGUUUUGGAUGAUAGAUCUCCCAGCCCUACUACAGACCUCCCCCAGUGCAGAAACAGGCAGUUUUCAAUGUUGUUUUUACAGUGAAGAAGUAAUGGUAGGUGCAAAGGAAAAGAUUGGGAUGGAAUCCUAUCGUUGGCCCAUCCACUGCUGCUGUCUAUUCCAACAGGCCUCCGCUGUCCAGGGUCUUAGGAAGAGGGUCUUCCUGUGCAUUUACUACAUGAUCCUUUCAGCUGGAAAUGCCAGGGAUUAGAUUUGGCACCACCUUGUAUGUUCUCCAGCACUGGGGCUGGGGCUGUUCCCAUCCAGAGAGAAAAUAAGAAGCAGAUCGACAGGACAAAUAUGUAAUAAAAAGUGUGCAUGGAUUCAAAAGCAGCCCUAGGUCUCAAAAGGUUGAAUACUGCUGCCUUGAAUCAUUGGCUUUGAAGAUAAUAUGAGAUGAGAACUGAAUAACAAAUCAAAGUAAUUAACAGCAUUUCCGGAGCGUUUUGUAGCGUGCCUCAUUGUCUAGUCAGAUCUACAAAGUCAUUACAAGAUAAAAAUUAGCUCCAGUAAUGGUCACUAGGAUGCUGUCAGCGCUGCGCAGUUUAAUUUUGAAAUCUAAAAUGGAUUUUGCUGCUUGUCUCUUGUGUUAUUAACUUCACUGUCAUCACAACAAAGCCAUCAGUCUCAAUAUGUCCCCAUUCAUUCCCCCUUCCCUCCCCAUACAGCCAGCCUUUAGCACUUAGUGCAUCUAGAUUUUGAAAUUACUUUCUUUUUGGACUGAAUAAUGGUACGGCAGAAGACUCGACAGACAGUAGGCUGCCUUUCAUACCACGGCUUCUUGCCACUUUUCGUUUUCGCGGCACGCCUACAUAUUAUUUGCCUAACAAUGAGUUUGGUGCUUUUUAAUAUCAAGGGAGAAAACAUUAGCCCUGCCCUGCAAAAGUGUUUGCAGUUUUAAAAACAUGGUGAUAACAUAACAAUAGCAGACGUCUUCUAUAUUAAUCUUUUUAAGAAUUGGCUGAAAAACUUUCUUGUGCUGCCAGGCUUAUGCAGGCAAUUAAAAAUACUUUCUGUAAGCUGGUGAUCUCAUAUAUAUAUAUGUAGAUUUUAUUGUAUAUUUAUUGUGUAUUUACUAUUGUUGCAAAUGGGGUGGUUUAAUGAUGAAAUUGCGGUAUACAAGUAUUUUAUAUAAAUAAAUAGUAGACAAUAUUUUAAUAAAUAACUUGAGAACUCCCUUAAACGCUGCUGGCCUUUAGGGACUUCUAGAGGGUUUCUUUGGGUUAUGUGGGGUGGUGCUUGAGAGCAGAUGAUUGCAAUUAGUUACAGUCUAUAGCUCCCUCACAAGAGCUGUUCUACUUGGGAUUCCCCCCCAAGUAUAACAAAAGGAAGGAAGUAUAAUGAGAGAAGGAACAGGGAGAACAUUUAACCCUGUCUUCCCCAAACUAGUGUCCUCCAUAUGUUUUGGACUGGAACACCACGCCACAAGUCACGUUCACUGAUGGGAGUUGUAGUCCACAUCAUCUAAAGGCCUUCAGGUUGGGUCAAACUGAUUUAACCCCUUUCUGUUUGACUUUGGUUUUCACUGUGUGUGAGUGUGUUUUCUAACUCAUUUGGAACUUGGGUGGGUUUACCAGAAAUUGGUGCAUUGAUGGAAUUCCAAGGGACUUUAAAAAGACUAUUUAUGUAUGUGACAACAGCCACAAGAAUGUUGCUUGCCCAGAAAUGGAAAGAGAAGAAGGUACCAACAAAAGAAGAAUAUAUAACUAAGAUGAUGGACUUUGCCGAAAUGGCAAAGAUGACUGUGAAGAUCAGAGAUCAAGAUGAGAAAAAGUUUGAGCAGGAAUGGAAAAAAAUUAUAGACUAAAAUACCACUGUAAAUAUAUUAAAACGUUAGCAGGUUUGAUACAACGUUUAUGUAAUUAUACAAUCGG